AUGGGAGACGAGGAGGUGGAUGAUCGUGCGAAUUUCGGUUCCCACAUUGAUCCGCAAUCAUCAACUCCGACCGAUGAGCCGUCGUCGUUGGAACCCGAAGGGAAAUCCUUCUCCUCCGAAGAAGUCCGCUUGUCAAACACAGCUCUAGACGUAAAGCUUCAGUCUUCCUCCGCCCUAGCCUCGACUUCAGAUUCCUCAGGCCCUUCGUAUGCUCAAAGACUCAAAUCCUCGCUCAGAAAUCUCAGAAAAAUCUCUAAUCCAACUUUCCUCGAAGACGGCACUCCGGUGGUUCAAGCUCCAGACUCAGUCCUUCUCAAAACAGCAGAGAUUUGGAAGGACCACAUCGUCGCUCAUUUUCACGGUACUUGUCCUCCACCGGGGAAGAUUUUCGCAGAUCUGAAUCCGGUGUGGGGUAAAUUUGGAGACAUCACUGUUAGGAUGGUUUCAGAAACUUCAUGUUUGAUCUACGUCCCUAACGUGCAGUCAAGAGAGUGGGUUUUGCAAAACGUUCCGCCUCAAUUAUACUCACUAGAUGGUAUCAGUGUGAUAGCAAGCGCAGUGGGAGAGCCGCUACACACUGAAAAGUCAAGAUUGGAUCCAUACCAUUUCGGGGAUACAAAAGUUAAAAUCGAGAUUGAUCUAUCAGUGUCUCUCCCCAAUGUGGUGGAGGUGAGGGACUCUGAGAGAAACUCAGUGAGAAUAAAGAUUGAGUAUCCAAAACUUCCUCCUAAGUGUUGUAACUGUGGGAAGUUUGGGCAUCUAUUAAACCGCUGCCCCAAGCCUUUGAUGAAGAGAAAGCCGCAGUCUCAGUCUAGGGAGCAAGUCAGGGUUAAGGUUGCUAUGGCUCCACCUGAAGUAUCUGUCUCGACAUUUAGUGCUCCUGUGGAGAUGCAGGUCCCACACUCAGGACAGGGAAGUGAAGCAGUGCAAGCAGCUCAAGCUAAGUCUUUUGCGGCCUCUCCGCACACUCAAAGGAGAGCCAGGUCGAGAUCCAGAGCCAGGGCUCGUAGAAGAAGUCUCUCACUGCUUCCAUCAUAUCGUGAUAUUUCUUCAGAAAGUGAAGGAAACGAGGGACUCGUAACUGAGGAUUUGGAAGUUUUACCAUCAAACUCAUCAGCAGAAGCAAAAGUUUUAGCCUCGAAGAAGAAGAAGCAAGAGGACUCAUGCGGUGUACUUAAAGAGUUAGUAGAGUCUACUUGCGCAGUUUCUCAUGAGGAGGAGCAUAUCUGGCUUUUGCCAAAGGCAGCAGGGCGUGCGCAAAAAAGAAAACAAAGGGUGAUAUGA